AUGCCCGAGGUUGGUAGCCAGCUGCAUGGGCACGUCUUCCGGGUCCUCUCCAGAAAGAGCCCUUUUGCGGACCCGGACGCUUUCGAGCCCGGGGCAGAGACCAUCAGCUACCUCAGAGAGAGCUGCAAAGUCCUAGUUAUUGGAGCCGGCGGGCUUGGGUGCGAAAUCCUCAAGGACCUGGCCCUGUCAGGUUUCCCAGACAUCCACGUCAUAGAUAUGGACACGAUUGAUGUGACCAAUCUGAACAGACAAUUUCUUUUUCGUCAGGCGGAUGUUGGCAAGCCGAAAGCUGAAGUCGCAGCGGCCUUCAUCAACCGACGACUAGGGCACAUCGGGACGAAGGUCACACCGCACGUCGGGAAAAUCCAGGAUUUUGACGAGACCUUCUACAGGAAGUUUAACCUGCUCAUUGCCGGGCUGGAUAACAUCGCGGCUAGAAGGUGGAUGAAUGCGACUCUGCAUGACAUGAUCGACCGCACCUCUGGCGAGCCAGACCCAAGCACGAUCAUUCCUCUUAUUGAUGGUGGCACAGAGGGCUUCAAGGGUCAGGCUCGAGUCAUCAUUCCCUCGAUGACGUCCUGCUUCGACUGCUCUCUGGAUGCGUUUCCUCCGCAGGUGAACUAUCCGCUCUGCACCAUCGCUGAGACGCCUCGACUGCCGGAACAUUGCAUCGAAUAUGCGCUGGUGGUCAUGUGGGAGCAGCGCUUCCCGGGGCAGAAGAUGAACGCGGACUCCGUAGCUGACAUGCAAUGGAUCUACGAGACAGCCAAGGAUCGAGCUGAAACGUUUGGUAUUCAGGGAGUCACCUACCAACUGACGAUGGGUGUGGUGAAGCGAAUCAUUCCGGCAAUUGCGUCAACCAACGCGCUAAUCUCUGCGGCGCUUGUCGCGGAGGCAUUGAAGGUGUCAACCUACUGCGGCCCUGUCCUGAACAACUACAUGAUGUAUAUGGGGCAGACGGGCGUUUACACUCAUACCUUUCCUUACGAGAAGAAGGACGAUUGCAUGGUUUGCGGAGGUGCGACACUCACCUUGACAAGGCCUCGAACCUCGACGCUGCAGGAGUUGCUCGACCACCUCGGGGCGAGUCCAAGCUACCAGCUGUCGAGGCCGUCGGUGUCGAGUACCAGUGGCAUCGUCUUCAUGCAGAACCCGAAGCCCAUCCGCCAGCAGCAUGAGUACAAGCUGAAGAUGACGCUGGAAGAGCUGACAAAGGCAGAUCCGCCGACUCCCCGGUUCUCCACUGUAUUCAUUGCAUGCACAUGCCAAGGUGUUCCUUUCUGGCGACUGAUGUGGCAGAAGAGCCUCGCGGACAGAAAUGAAUGUCCCAACGACGCCCAGCUUGAGAAGAGCUCUUGCUAUCGUAUCAAGCUUGUGGUAUCUGGUGGCCACUUCCUGCUUCAGCCUUCCACGCUCAUGCCCUGGAGUGCUUUUCUUUUCAAGCAAAGAGGGGAGCUGCCGGCAGUUGGGCGGCGGAAGUCGCACAAAGAGGAGCGGCUCGAACGACUGUCGAGCCCAAGCGAAGAAGCCGAGGAGCAUGAGGACUUCAAGGUCUACAGCUCCUACUUUGCAGACCGAACGCAUCCUCCGACUGCUUCUGGCGAGGAAAUCAAGCUCCAGACCCUCGCUGGCGAGCAGGAGGGUGGCUCGAAGCCACGUCUUGCGGGUCGCCAGGUCGUGGGUGAGGGACAGACCACUGUGGAGAAAUGCGACCCUCUGACCGACCCUGGCACGUCGCAGCAGUCAGUGCACCCAGUUGUGCUCGAGAGCGUCAGCGAUCAUUGCCGCAUAGCCACAGUCACAGCAUUGUCUCAGAAGGAGGGCCCGCAAGACCGCAAGAAGCAGAAGAAGAAGGAAAAGAAGAACGCAGACUUCUCGUCCGGCUUGUUCGGAGCUGAUGAGAAAGACCUGAGCCUUUUCGGAGAAGCCAAAGCCUUUGAAGAGGAGCACAGCCCACUUCUGGAGGAGCAGAUUCCGGCUGCGUCGUCCGAAGCUCCUCUCCCACCUGGCUCGACCGAAAAGGAGAGCUCCGAGGGCUUCUCCAAGAACGAAGCCGAUGCAUCGCCAAUCGAAGUCAGCUUCUAUGCCGGCAGAGCCAAGUCUGCUUUGCAGGCCGCAGAUGCCAACCUACCCUGGCGGCGGGGACGGCUAGUUCUACUGGGUCAGGGCCGUGCCGGAAAGUCCUCCACCGUUCGGUCCUUGGUGGGCAAACCCUUCGAUGACGCCCAGGUGUCAACAAUCGGAGUGGAGACCGCGAGCUGCGAGAUCCAGCGCGGCGACGCAGUGGGCUGGCACAUGAAGGGCACAACCUCAGAAACGGAGAGCCUGGUGAAGCAGCUGCUGGCCGAUGGAAAGGACGCAGCCAGAAAACAUGGCCCUGAAGUCCCUGAAGCAGCUGGUCCGGCUGGCCACAGCCCGAGCAGCUCGCCCGUGGCAGAAGUCGGAGCGGCUGAUGAUCAGGGCUCUGGUGCUGCAGAGACGCCCGCUCCACAAGACAAUCUGCUCAACAAGUUGCCGGUGGAGGAGGUUGCGCAGAAGCUAGAUCAGGAGAUGAUAAUGCUCCGGAAGUCCGUGGGUCAGCCUGUGACGUUCUCGACCUGGGAUUUUGGUGGCCAGUCGGUUUUUCACAACUUGCAUCACUUGUUCCUCUCACGCUGCAGCGUCUACCUCGUGGUGUUCAAGAUGCCACACAUGUUGCGUUCCGACGAGUCCUGUGAGCGUGCGAUCGCGAUGUUGCGGUACUGGCUCAACUCCUUGGCGAUGCAUGCGCGUGGGGCACCGGUGUUGCUUGUCGGCACCCACAAGGAUGAUGUGCCACAGAGCAGCGACCAUAGGAAGAUCAGCAAGAUACUCUGGGAGAAGCUCGAGAACCGCUUGGUGGAGCAGGUGCACCCGUUCACACGAGAGGAGGACGAGGGUCUCUGGUACUUCCCGAUUGACAACACACGAAGUGGCCACGGGGCAGAUCCGGUGGUGCAAGAGCUUCAGCAUGCCAUUGAGAGCGCUGCCCACGAAGAUACGGCGAACUAUCUGGAGAAGCCCAUCCCCAUCCGGUGGCGGGGCGUUCUGGACGUUCUCGUAGCCAAGAAUGAGUCGAUCAUCACCAUGGAGGAGCUGGGAGUCCUCUUUCAUUUCCAAUCUCCCAUGGAACUCCGGGAGAUUGUCAUUCUGCAGCCGCAGUGGCUUGUGAGCGGCAUCUGCCAGGUCAUUUUCGACUGGACCCUGCAUGAGCAAGAGCACCAUAAGCAGAUCAAGCUCGAAAUGAAAUCUGCAUAUGACGCAUGGCGGUACAAGGGUGUCGUCUCAAAGCGGCUGCUGGAUCGGCUUUGGGAGCAUGGUUACGAGCAACCUGCCCACAAAUCCUUCCUCCUCCGGUUUAUGGAGCAGGUGGCACUAGCGUGUGAGGUUGGGCCAGAUACUUUCUUGGUCCCAAGCCUGCUUCCGCAUGGGGACGCUACUGGAUCUAAGUGCGGCGUGGCACACAGGCAUUUCUGGCUUGACUUUGCUCCCUCCUUCCUCCCAGACAACCUCUUCAAGCGACUGAUCUGCUACGCGGUGCAGAAGUGCAGCCAAAACACCGAGCCUGUACUUCACGAGUCUUUUGCUCACAUGACCUUCGAGGGCCAUGACUUCGGGAUCGAAGCGCACCUGGACCAUGAUCUCAUCAAGGUCGACAUCUUCUCUGCUGCAGAGGCCGGGGCUUGGCUGAUUCUGCACUCCGUCAUCAACCUUGUGGAGCAUCUGCGCUUGGACUUCAUGAAGGACUUGAAAUACGAAGUCUGGCUCUCUGGGAUUGACAAGUCCACGAGGGCAAAGAAGGCGGAGGUAGAGCAGGAGUUCGACCCCUUCUUCUCGGUGGGGAGCCCACGAGAUGUCUCUAGCAGUGGCACUUUGCCCAAGGGAGCGAUCGUCUUGCAGUUAAUUCCCGCUUCGGUAGAGCAGGCCGACAUGACGCAGCCACCCACCGUGCUGGUGGACUCGCAGUGGCGACAGCUGAAGAGUGCCUGGCCCUUCUUGGCGAGGCACGAGCGCAAGUUUGGACCAAGCGAGCGCACGGCACUGUACAAGUAUCUGCGGGAUCCUGCGCAGUGGGGCAUUUCCUGGUCUGCACUUGAAAGCAUCGAGCAGGAUGCCAAAAACCAGUUUGGCAGUGACUACAUCUCAAAGAGCAUGUGGCAUGUGGUUCAGCAGAUCGUGAAGCCAAGCUGCGCAGAGCACGGGGCGCCCAUAGCAUUGGUCCGGAACGGAUCUUGCAGCGUUGGUCUCCCCUCGCCUGUCCCGAAAAUGUCCCCAGACAGGUUGCCUGUGCAAGAUUUUAUCACUCAUUGCUGGAGGGAGCCCUUCCACGAGUUCAUGGACUCCUUGCGGCAUGCCUACGACGUCCGAGUCGUGAAGCCCCACCUCUUCAUUUGCGCAUUCUCGCUCUUCCAAGGAGUCCCGGAAGACAUCCAGGAAGCGCUGGGGCAAUCCAUCUCGCAGGCUCCCUUUGUGAAAGCUCUUGCAGCCUCCGAGCGCUACGUGGUUGUCAGGAAUCGCAUGGAAGAUCUGUACACCCGUGCUUGGUGUCUUGUAGAGUACAUCUACGCCAAAAAAUUCGGCUUCUACAAAGACAAGGUUCUCGUUACAGGUCCGAACGAGUUUUCAGAGUCGAGAACCACUUGCACCCAAAUCAAAGCGAGUGACGAGGAAGACCGGCUCAAGAUCUUCAAGUUCAUUAUGGAUGAAGGGGGACCGGCGGUGAUUGACCCACAGAUCCACGAGUUCCGUGCAUUUGAUGCACGGUUUGGUGGGCUGAGGUCACACCCAGUCUGA